AAAGGAGACGCAACAAAGCGCACAAAAUGGUUGCGCAGGAGGCCAUGGCGACUAAGUAGGUUUACUAUAGCUUUAAGAACGCGAAAAUAGUGUCUGCUUCUUUAAAAUUAUAUAGGUUUAUUGCUGAGUAGAUAAUUAAGAAAAGUUUACAAUUUCAAAUCAAUAAAUAUAUGUAUUUAAUUUGCGACGGACCGUACGCAAUCACAGAAAAUGCAUCACUGUUGGAGAAAGGCCGCUUGCAAUCAAAACGUCUUCUAGCCAGAUGUGUUCAGUUUUUACUGAAAUAUCCAGAAAACCAGCCUGACUUCAGCUAAAUUUGAGGACGGCUACUGUGUCUGUGGGGAUGGAACCGCCGGGUGACCGAACCGGGGAUGUCAAUAAAGGCGAAGAACCGGCGGAGGACAAGGCCUUAGAGCGGACCCCGGCCACCGGUGUGACCGCUACCCCGCGAAGGGGGCUCAGGGAGCGGGGAGCGGGCCGUCCUUGGACCGCCGUCUCAACCUCAGACAUUAACGGAGCUGCGUCGAGCCCCCAGAGCUCUGGACGGGUUUUAAGGGACAGAUCAACGAGGGCAGUACCAGCCUGGCUGAAGGACACAAAGAGUGACGACGACGAGGAUGAACCGAGCUCGGACACCUAUGCGACCAAGCGGAGGAAAGUUUCCAACUCCAAGCGUAGAAAAAACUCUGAAGCAGCGAGUUCUGCUGAGUCUGGAGGGGGGGUCGCAGGUGACAGCCUUCAAGGCACAGACUCAGAGGACCCAAAGAAACCUGCCACAGAUGCCCAAGCUCUUCCCUCCAAACGCCCCCCAGCCCAGACUCGUGCCAAGCCCCCGUCUGGCAGAGCUGCCCGCGGCUCUGCCAAGCCAGUGUGUAAGACUGAACCUGGAAUGGAGAAUCCAGCUGGUGAGCAACCUGUUGACACAGUGGAAGAAGAGGUUAACACUAAAGGAAAGCAUGAAAUUAAAAAGAAAGAGAAGGAAAGUGAGGAUCUUGCUGUACCAGUCUUGGAAGAUGAAGACAACCCCUUCCCUGAUGACCUAACCAACCUGAGCUACGAGCCGCAGAGUCAGAGUGGCCCAGAAGAGGAAGGGAGCUUCAGCAGUGAUGAAGAUCUUCCUUUUAGAGAUGACCUGAAUGACCAGAGCUAUGACCCGAAGGCUGAAAGAGAUGUACCCAAACCAAAGCGCAAAGCUCCUCCAAGACAAAAGGAGAAGAAAGAGAAAGAAAAGGCUCCUAAAAAGGAGAAAGAGGUAGCAGAGAUAAAGAUCGAAGGUUCGGAUAUUGUUGAGAGUGUGGAAGAGGAAGUCAAGCUAGAAGAAGAAACCCUGGAAGACCCGGAUGGACCUAGGAAGAGAGGCCGGAGGAAAAAAGAUGACAAAACGCCACGGCUGCCAAAGAGAAGGAAGAAACCCCCAGUGCAGUACGUCCGCUGUGAGAUGGAGGGAUGUGGGACAGUCCUUGCUCAUCCGCGCUACCUACAGCACCAUAUAAAGUACCAGCACCUGCUAAAGAAGAAAUACGUUUGUCCUCACCCGUCAUGUGGAAGGCUCUUCAGACUACAAAAGCAGCUGCUGCGUCAUGCAAAGCACCACACAGACCAGAGGGACUACAUUUGUGAGUUCUGUGCUCGUGCCUUCAAGAGCUCCCACAAUCUAGCUGUGCACCGCAUGAUCCACACCGGGGAGAAACCCCUACAGUGCGAGAUCUGUGGCUUCACGUGUCGUCAGAAGGCGUCCUUAAACUGGCACAUGAAGAAGCACGAUGCUGAUGCCACCUAUCAAUUCUCCUGCUCCAUUUGCGGCAAGAAGUUUGAAAAAAAGGACUGUGUGGUAGCUCAUAAAGCCAAGAGUCACCCUGAGGUGCUGAUUGCUGAGGCGCUUGCGGCCAACGCCGGUGCCCUCAUCACAACCCCGGCCUCUCUGCUUGAGCUGCCAGGAAACCCCAUGCAAGGAGAGGUCACCGGCCUGGAUGUGAGCCAUGUAGGGCAGAAUGAACAGGCAGACCAGCUGAGUCAGGAAGGACAAGUCGGACAGCAAAUGGCUCAGGUGUCUCAGAUGGGUCAUAUGACACAACAAGUAAGUCACCAGGUGGUUUUACUGGGACAAGACCAGAGUCUCCAUACAAUGCAGGUGCCUGUAACGAUUGCCCUGUCCCCUAUCGACCCCCCGUCGCCGGCUGACAACCAGCAGCAGACUCACCUGCAGCUCCAGAUGCCUGUCCAGUUUGUGCAAGCAGCUCAGCAGCCUCAGCAGCAAAUCCAACAGCUGACCCUCCAUUCAGGCUCAGUGAUGACCCAGCAUCAGCUGCAGCCUCUCCAGUCCUACUCCUCCCAGCAGCAGAGCCAUGGGCAGACACAAAUCCUUCAAAUGACUUUCCAGCCUGUCAGCCAGUCUCAGACCCACAUUCAACAGAUUCCCAUCCUAGCCGCCUCUCAGCAGCUUCAGACUCUGCACACAGCCCACCCCAGCCCCCCUCUUCUGUCCUCAUCCCAUCCCCAGUCUCAGGAUCCGGCCUCCACCAACGGGGAUAGCUUCAUUCUGGACAACUCGGUGCUCUCGUCUCCCUCUCAGUCGGUCGUCUCCCUCCAGCAGACAGAGACUGUGGGAGACGAUGGGGUGGUCUGGGAUCAUGCAGGACAUGGGGAAGUUCUGUCCGACAGCACUGAGAGACACAUACAGCAGGCGCUUAUGUAAAACAGGAAUAGUACAUAAAAACUAUGAACUUAGAAGAAAGUCACCAGUGACCUGAUAAACUGUAUUGCAAUGUUUAAAGUAAAUGUAGGAUCACCGAUAUAUUAUGUACUGUUCACUCAUAGUCAGAUUUGGUAGCUUUUUAGAGUAUCUGUAUCAGGGAAAGAUAUGUGUGUCAGUUUGUGUAUGUUGUUGCCUUUGUACAUAACAGUCCUGUAAACUUAACUAGCCUUUUAUGUGAGUGUGUGUAUUGAUGCUGAGCUUAUGUUGCAAAUCUGUUGCUGUUAUGCAAUAAUAUAACAUACCUGUUGGCAAUAUUCAGCACAUCAAAUGCCAAGUGUGUGGCAUCAAGGUUUCUAAUGGAAUAUAUUAACUAUUUAUAUUUUGAAUUAUCAUAAAACACACAUGAGAAAGCUAUAAACAGACCCCAGUGUGUUUGGGGUGAGUAAAUUCUGUUUGAAUGAAUAGGCAGCUAUUUUUUUUUUCUUUUCAUUUUUAAUCCAGAUCUUCUGUACAGCCUUUAUUUGGUAAGGUCAAGGACAUCAAACAGUCUAAGGAGGUAAAGAGAGACAUGAACGACAAAAAAAAGAUGGUUCACAACUGUGUAAAAAUUACAAAAUGUGCAUAUUUUUUACCAGUUUUAGACAGUGUCAUAAACCUUCGUUAGUAAUAGAAGUGCAGAUAUUUGUUAAAUUUAGCUCUUGGUUCAAGUUAGGAAAAAAUGAAUUGGAAUGAUAUAUAUUCUACUCACUAAAGUCCUUGUUCUGAUAGGGUGCCAAACGGUGACUUCUAACAUUGUUAAUCACUGAUGAACCCAUGAAACAGCAGCAAGCACAGUCACUGAAUAAAAUACUCUGUUUCAAUAACCUAUGACAUGUUCUAUAAUUUGAUUAGCAAAGCUGUGUAGAAACCUUAGAACUUAUGCUGAUACUAAAAUCUGCACCACUGAUUUGUGAUAUAGGACAUGUGGUAGAAGACACACAAAAAAAGAGUUUCUUUAUAUGAUGUAAAUAAAUGUCUUAACAUUUA